CUGGGGAAAGUCACGUCGACCACGGCACAGCCGCUGGAGAACUCAGCGCGGGGAUCCCCGAUGGUGAUGGGAUGGGGAUUACGGAUGCUGCACACCAGCGGCUUACCCGGCAUCUCGUCAGAGUCCCUGCCGUGUGAACCUCUUUACAGCGCCGUUAAGCCGUUAUUUCCACGCUGGGAAAAGUGCCUAUUGAUGAUUGUUAACGUUGGAGGGAGCUGAAAGGGUUCCUGGCUGGUUACAUACGUCAGGGCGAACUCAUUGGCCCGUCAGUCAGAGGAAAUUUGCAAACCCAGAGGGAGCAGGUGGAGGAGGGCGGGAACUAGGGUGGUACCAGAGGUGCCAGGAUGCUGGGUGGAUGGGGAAAUGUGCACCUACAACCCCUAGGAACACCUUUCAACAUGGAGGACAACAAAGGAGAUCGGGUUCCAGUGAUUCUCUGUGUUCUCAGCCGCCAGUGACCGUUCCUCGGGCACGGCAGGGGCGAGGAAAGCCGAGAAAAGGCGCCAAGAGAUGAAAAGAUUGUGGUGUUUUAGCGUACAGGCUGAGGACAAAGACCUGAGAACGAGAGCGCGCCAGCGGAAAGGACGAGAGAGGCGACCGGAAGUGCGGGCGAGCUACCCAGCAGCCAUCGCGAACAAGGCGUGUUCGGAGACAUCCAAGAUGGCUGACGAAUAUGAAGAUCCCAUAUCCGACCAAGAAAAGGUGCGGAUAGCAUCAGAUUUCAUCCUCCAUGCGCCGCCAGGAGAGUUUAAUGAAGUCUUCAACGACGUGCGUCUGCUGUUGAACGAUGACAACCUCCUGAAGGAAGGGGCUUCACAGGCUUUUGCCAAGUACAACAUAGACCAGUUCACACCAUGUAAGGUGGAGGGAGACAACCAGGCACUGGUCACGGAACAUGGCAACAUGGGCCAGGGGCGCUUCCUGGAUCCCGCAACCAAGCGCUCGUUCAAGUACGACCACCUGCGGAAGGAAGCCAGCGACUUCCAGCCCGUACAGGUUGACCGUGAGCUGGAGCCGUGGAGGGCAGCCCUGGAGAGGGAGAUGAGGAUCUAUGUGGAGAACCACUACAGGCAUGGAGUCACCACAGUGUACGGCAAAACUACGAACCAAGGGAGGACCCUGAUCGCAUGUAUAGAGGACCACCAGUUUACACCCAAGAACUUCUGGAAUGGGCGCUGGCGCUCUGAAUGGACAUGUGUCCUGACAGGAGCCACCGCGCAGAUCGCUGGAGUUUUGAAAGUCCAGGUGCAUUACUACGAGGACGGCAAUGUACAACUGGUCAGCUCCAAGGAAGUCAAGGAGUCCAUCCCUAUCAAAAACGAGGUCCAGACUGCAAAGGAGUUUGCAAAGUUAAUCGAGGAUGCAGAAAAUGACUAUCAGACUGCCAUCUCAGAAAACUACCAGACAAUGUCAGACACGACGUUCAAGGCCCUGCGCCGACAGCUACCUGUUACGCGUACCAAGAUCGACUGGAACAAGAUUCUUAGCUACAAGAUAGGGGGAGAGCUGAAAAUUGGGAAUGAAUGACUUGAAUGAACAACCCUCCCCCAGAACCCCUACCUAGCAUUUAGCCAACGAAAGCACUACAACCUUUUUUAAUAAAGAAAAAGACCAGCAGUACUAUUGGAGAUUUUUCCCCAAAAAAAAUUUCGGAAAAGGAUGACCUUAGAGGUUAAUGUAUGGAAUGAAAUUUGUAGUCAUUUCUACUGUAAUUUCAUAUGUACUGUAUAUGGGAAUCACAGCCCCAUCCACCCCCCUCCCACCCCUUCCUCUAUAAUGCAUGUAGUUAACACAAGUAAUGAUGAUGAUGAUGAUAUCCAUAGUGCAGUUGUUGUUGAACAUUGCCAAAGGACUAUAGAUCAUGAUCAACCUUGGGUGGGCUAAAAAUAACAAAAGAUGUUGUAGGUAAACAAACUAUAAAUCGUUGUAGUGUAUGAACCUCUGUGUACAGGACACCAGACUAAUACCAUCUCUUUUGAUUGUUCUUUGGCUUGGUAGAAUGAGGGUUAAUAUUUGUAUCCUGUUUUUUUCCUUUGGAGGCAACACGUGUAUGAGAAGCUUUGAUCUGUUAUUUUGGUGUUGGGAUCUCUUAACACAAGUUAGUGUUUACCUUACAGUUCAACUUCAGUAGUUAGCUGUGGAUUCUAGCAAAAAGUUUGCCUCAAACAUACAAAAUGCAGGACAAAGCUCUGUAUACAUGUAUUGCUUUGGCUUGUACCUGGCAUAUCCUUUUUCUCCUAAUUUGUCUCAAGAGAAAGAUAUGGCAAGAAAUCCCAAAUUGCUGAGAAGUGUGCAGCAAUUAGUUGAUUUCCAAAACAUCAGGAGCCUUGAACAUCUAUCUACAAAAAAAUCUGUACUGAUGACUAAUGUUGAGAGAUGAUUUUUGGUUGAUUAACACAACAAACUACAGAUCUGUUGUAUGGUAGGAAGAUUUGGCAUGACCAGCUGAUUUGACUGACUGCUUGUCCCAGGCCACUCGGCUUGUUUAAUGUGUGUUUUAGUGCAAAUUACAAGCUGUGGCACUAAUCCCAGUUUUAUAAAGGUAAAUGAUAGACAAUAAAUGCUGGUUGUAGCUAAAAAA